UGCGUGUGUUACAUUGAAAUAAUAAUUUUAGGGAUUCCAUUUGGAUACUACCUAGAGCCGUCCCUUUCCACUGUUGAUCGAUUUCCUCCGUCUUCGAAGACAACUCUGUGACCCAGCGUUCCAUUUGGUCUUCACCCAGAGUUCAAUCGUAGGAACUGCUAGGGGCUUUUAUUUUGCCUUUAUCGAUUUUCAACACACGGACGAAGGGCACAGCUUGCUUGCGGCUUCAAUAUCUGCUAACCAAACCCUUAGUCAUCUGGGAUUUAAAGGGUUGGUGUUGAGCAGAUAGAGAUGAACCCGCCAACACUAGUGAAGCGCACUCAGAACAUCAAUGCCAGAGAAGCUGCACUCAGCAUCGGCGACCAUGCCUCCUGGCACACCAAGUACAAGGAUUCCGCUUACAUCUUCGUCGGUGGCAUCCCCUUCGAUCUCACCGAGGGUGACCUCCUCCCCGUUUUUGCUCAAUACGGAGAGGUUGUUGAUGUUAACCUAGUUAGGGACAAAGGUACCGGAAAAUCCAAGGAUUUUGCGUUCCUUGCGUAUGAGGAUCAGAGGAGCGCGGAUCUUGCUGUGGAUAAUUUGAACGGGGCACAGGUUUUGGGGAGAAUUAUUAAGGUGGACCAUGUUGAUAAGUAUAAGAAGAAGGAGGAGGAGGAUGAAGAGACAGAGCGGCUGAAGAGGGAGGCACGUGGCGUUUGCCGUGCUUUCCAAAGAGGUGAAUGCACUCGGGGAGCUAGCUGCAAGUUUUCUCAUGAUGAGCAAGCAUGCCUUAUUCAUAUACACGCGGUUCUGCCAUGGAUGCGUCACCCUGUCGACAUCACUCGCUGUCCAGAACUCCCCGUCUGUAGUGUUCCUUUGAUGAAACGCAGGUUACAGUCGGUACUGGAGGAGAACAUGGGAAUUUCCAAGCUGUUCCCUGUUCAGGUCGCACUUUGGCAAGAAACGGUUGGACCGGGUGACUUUGAGCGAGACCUUUGCAUAAACUCGCCCACCGGAAGUGGCAAAACCUUGGCCUAUGCUCUUCCCAUCGUUCAAAACUUGUUCACCAACCCCGGUGGCCGCCUCCGUGCUUUGGUUGUAGUUCCCACCCGCGACCUUGCUUUGCAGGUUAAGCGCAUCUUCGACGCCCUUGCAUCGCCGCUGGGUCUCCGUAUUGGCUUGGCUGCUGGUCAAUCUUCGCUUCGUCACGAGCUUUCUAGCCUCAUUUAUCUACCUGGAGAAGACGAUGGUCCAGAUCCUGGGUUUUUGUCUCCGUUGUGGUUCCAAAGCAAGGUCGACAUAUUGGUAGCGACCCCUGGAAGGCUAGUGGACCAUGUCAACAAGUUGUCAUUGAAGCAUCUUCGUUAUCUCGUGGUUGACGAAGCAGAUCGAUUGCUACGUGAGGACUACCAGUCCUGGUUACCUACUGUGCUUAAAUUAACUCAGUCUAGGCUGGCAAAGAUAGUUUUAUCUGCUACGUUAACUCGGGACCCAGGAAGACUUGCUCAACUUAAUUUGCAUCACCCUUUAUUCCUGAGUGCUGGGAAAAUGCGUUAUCGGCUCCCAGAAUAUUUGGAAUGUUACAAACUGAUCUGUGAAAGAAAGGUCAAACCCUUGUAUUUGGUUGCCCUUUUGAAAUCCCUAGGAGAAGAAAAAUGCAUAGUUUUUACAAGAUCUGUGGAAUCAACACAUCAUCUCUGCAAAUUGCUAAAUUGUUUUGGUGAUCUGAAAAUUGGUAUCAAGGAGUUUUCUGGUCUAAAACAUCAACGGGUAAGAAGCAAGACAGUGGGUGAAUUUCGGAGAGGGGAGUUUCAAGUGCUUGUAUCUUCUGAUGCAAUGACUCGUGGAAUGGAUGUUGAAGGGGUAAGAAAUGUCAUUAAUUAUGACAUGCCCAAAUACACAAAGACGUAUGUUCAUCGAGCUGGUAGAACUGCAAGAGCUGGCCAGACUGGGCGUUGCUUCACAUUGAUGUCAAAAGAUGAGGUUGGAGGAUUUAAGAAGUUGAUGAAAAAGGCUGAGGCUAGUGAUUGUCUUGAGUAUACUGUUCCAUCCAGUUUGAUUGAAGCGCUUCAUAGUACCUACCAAUCAGCACUGACAAAAUUGAAGGAGAAAAUUCUGGAGUCCCGGAGAAAACCAAGGAUAAGUCUUGUCAAUCGAUCAAAGUGAGAACAAAUAUUCACGAGAAUAGUUUUGUCUAUGAACGGAUAUACAAGAGAUUCUUUUACUGUACAUUUUAUGAUUUAAUUAGAAUGAUAAUAUUAUGUUUUUUUGGGUUACAUAUUAUUUAUUUUCACCACUAUUUUUUGUUUAAUAUAAAAAGAAAUUAAUAUUAUGCUACUCGUAUAUUUGUUUACUUUACAAAGGAGGAUGUCUUCAUUUUAUUGUU